UAAAAAAAGUGCGCACGCAUGCGCAGUCACAACGAAAAACAUAUGACAGUCACUUCAGCUGUCAAAUUUAUGUAACAAAACCCAAAAUAAAAAAAAAGUUUUUUGUGAUCUAUUGUGUUCCCAAAAUUACCAAAACCAUGUAUUCCUCUAGAUUUCUGAAGAAAGUGUUAAUACCGGCGGCAGCUUUAGUAGCUGAAGAAAAAUACCAAAAAGACACCCAAAAACCAAAUUUAUGCCGACCAAGCGAUUUACCAAUCUACGUCCCGGACCCUCCCCCAGUCCCCAAAGAGGCCGAACCCACAGUUCCCGGUUACCUCGAAAACGGUUUUGCCACAGUCAGAGAACAGGUCACAAAUGUUUACAAAGAAGUUAAAGCGUACCAAAGGGUCGGCAUGGACUAUUUCGAACAAAGCAAGGACAACGCAGAUUGGCUGCUCAAAUAUUUGAGACAGGAGGACAACACGACCCCCAAAGCUGGGGCCAUAGCCAUCGGCGGCCUGACCGGUUUUAUUUUCGGACUGAGGGGGCGCUUCUUUAAGCGCACUUUGUACACCGCCACUGGGGCCCUGGGCAUGGCGGCGGUGUGCUACCCCAAGGAGGCCUCAGAGUACUCGCAACUCGCGAUUGCUGAAGCGAGGAAAUAUGCUGUGAUUGCGUACAACUUCGCUUAUGGUGUUAAAAAGGAUGAUCCACCACUGGAACUUCCGACUCUACCAAAGCUUCCUUCCAGUUUGACUGAAGCUUGGGAUACAGUCACCAAAUCAGCUUCGUCUCUUGUUUCAGGCGGCGAAAUGGAAAAACAGGUAAUUGAAACUGCUACCAGUGUAAGUGUGCGAGAAAUGACUGAAGCUGAUGCACAAUCGAUUGUUUCUGAAACGCAUGAAACGACUUCACAGUCUUGUCAUUGCCCCGUGGGGGCUUGUCUUGGACAUCACGAUGAAAAUGACACUCCCUGCUAAAUUGUAUUAAUUUAGUUAACGAGCCCCCAGAGUGCAGGGAAAGGAAAAUAAUAUAAACCACUGUAAUGACCGUGAAGCGUCUGCGAUUAAAUUAUUACGAAAGUA